AUGCUCCUAUUCCUCCAUCCGGGCCUAGUACGGGUAGCUCGGAUUAUCCACCACCAUCUCCAAGGCUAUUGCUUAAGGGUUGGAACUUUGGAGAACUUCCUAAAAAUAUCCCUAUUCCUCCAUCUCGGGCCUAGUAGGGGCUCCUUUGAUUAUCCACCACCACCUCCCAACUCCUUGUUCAAGGGUUGGAAUUUUGGACAACUCCCUAAAUAUACCCUUAUUCCUCCAUCCGGACCUAGUACGGGUAGCUCGGAUUAUCCACCACCUCCUUCUACUUCUUUUCUCAAAGGUUGGAACUUUGGAGAACUUCCUAAAAAUAUCCCCAUUCCUCCAUCCGGGCCUAGUAGGGGCUCCUCGGAUUAUCCACCACCACCACCCCCACCUCCUUGUUUAAGAAUUGGAAUUUUGGACAACUCCCUAAAUAUACCCCUAUUCCUCCAUCCGGACCUAGUAGGGGAAGCUCGGAUUAUCCACCACCUCCUCCUACCUCUUUUCUCGAAGGUUGGAACUUUGGACAACUCCCUAAAUAUACCCCUAUUCCUCAAUCCGGACCUAGUACGGAUAGCUCGGAUUAUCCACCACCUCCUUCUACUUCUUUUCUCAACGGUUGGAACUUUGGAGAACUUCCUAAAAAUAUCCCCAUUCCUCCAUCCGGGCCUAGUAGGGGCUCCUCGGAUUAUCCACCACCUCCCACCUCCUUGUUUAAGAGUUGGAAUUUUGGACAAUUCCCUAAAUAUACCCCUAUUUUUCCAUCCGGACCUAGUAGGGGAAGCUCGGAUUAUCCACCACCUACUCCUACCUCUUUUCUCGAAGGUUGGAACUUUGGACAACUCCCUAAACAUAUCCCUAUUCCUCCAUCCGGACCUAGUAGGGGCUCCUCGGAUUAUCCACCACCACCACCUCCCACCUCCUUGUUUAAGGGUUGGAACUUUGGACAACUCCCUAAAUAUACCCCUAUUCCUCCAUCCUGGACCUAGUAGGGGCAACUCGGAUUAUCCACCACCACCUCCCACCUCAUUUCUUAUAGGUUGGAAUUUCGAACAACUCCCUAAAUAA